GUCAAAAUAAUUAUAUUCCCAACAACCCGAUGACACCUGUCCCCCUGCUUGUGUAAUCCCUAUAAAUACCAAACCGAACAAUGAAGGGAGAUGCAUAUGUCUAAGGAGUAUUAUCCACACAAGUAUUUCAAACACUCCACUUGACUAAAUGAAGAAGAACAUGAAUCUCUCGUCUUCUCCUUCUCCGUUACUCAACAAGCAUAAAGAAAUACGACUAUGGCCUUCCUGCAAGCACCCAAAAACCCUCUCUUUCCGAGCCACUACAACAGAUGAUGAUUCGUUGUUUAUAGAUCCGAAGGAGUUUUUGCCUGAGGCAGAAGUCGAGCUGACAAUGCCUGGUUCCUACUUCAGUAACUCAUCGGAAUACACCACUGCCAGCAUGUCGACUGAAUCCGAAACAGCAUACUUUGACAACAACGAGUCCUCCGUGGAGAUAAUCGUACGUGGGGUCAAGUCUGAAAGGUUGUUUUUUAAACCCGAUACAACAAGUGCGAUACUUGAAACUACUCAAGGAAGUGGUAAGCAACGUACACUAGUAGAUAUUGAUCAUGGUGGUGUUUUUCCGUAUAAAGAGAGUGUGGCAAUGGUGAUGGAAUCGGAGGAUCCGUAUGGGGAUUUUAAGAAGUCGAUGGAGGAGAUGAUGGAGAGUCUUGAUUUGACAGAUUGGGAUUGUUUGGAGGAGUUGUUGGGGUGGUAUUUGAGAAUGAAUGGGAAGAACAAUCAUGAGUUCAUUGUUGAAGCUUUUGUUGAUUUGGUUGCUGGGAUUUCAGGUGGUGAUGAUGAUUCCUGCUCCGAUCAUUCUAUAGCUUCUUUCACUUCAGCCGCUUCCACUUUUUCUUCUCCCAUCUCAUCUCCCUUAUAUCAAGUUGGUAGAGAGAAGAUCAUCGAGCAAGGAAAAAUGAUAUGGAUACGGGAGAUGUUUCACAAAACAGCUCUUGAGUUCAUCAAACUAAAUAAGAAGGUCAUCCCAAGAAUCCUACAAUGGAAAAAGUUGAUAGACAUCAGUUGGGAGUCUUGUAUGUCAUUUAUACAUGGAUACGAGGAUGUUUAUAGACAUUUAUGGAUGCGACUUACACCAAACAAUGUCGAGCACUCUACUAUAUGGUUGAUAGAAAGCUCCCCUUUUUCUAAUGGUGUUCAAGAUAAACAGGCCAAAAGGACACCAAAAAAGAUGGCUCGUACUGGUGUCCCUUCACCCUCAUCAACGCACAAAAUGAUCACACCAAUACCAUUUGCCGCCACCAUUAUGGGUACAUAUGAGGAGAGGUUAAGAACGAUCGAGGCUACAAUCCAAGGAUUACAGACUUGUCAGAAAAUGAUUGCGAAUGAUAUGGUGCAGAUUAAGAAAGAAAUGUCCAACAGUUUCACACAGAUUAGACAAGAACUGACUCUUAUGAGAGCUAUUGUGCCAUGUGUGAUGGAUAAUUGCGAGAAUAUGUUUGUUGAUGGUGAUGAAUCUAUUGAUAAGAUGGAGGGGGAUGAGAAGAAGCAUGUAGAGGAGGAAGCAAAGUCUACUCAUACAGUCGUGCCGAAUAAGGAAGAUGAGAAGGAGGCAUAUAUAAAGGCUGCCAUGUUUAAGGAUGUAGAUAAAAAGGUUGUUGGCAUACAUGAUGGGUCAAAUGAUGAAUGUGAGAACAAUAAGGAUGACAAAGUUGUCAUGUUUGAGGAUGUAGAAAAAAAGAAGGAUAGAUCUGUCGUCGAGAGUACUCCUAUCGUGGAUAAGGGGCCAAUGUACAAGAUACCAAAAAAUGUGGAUCUCAAUAAGCAUAAAAAACGCCCAAGAGCCUAUUUCAAAUCUUCAUAUAUGAGUAUCCCUUCGACUUCACGAGAACCACUCCAUCCUCCACAUUUCAAAAUAGAUGCAUUACAAUCUGAAGAAAUAUUUGCUUUAUAUGAUAAAAGGGAUGAAGAAGCACUUUCUUUUACAUAUAGAAGCGAAUAUGUGGGGUAUCCUUGGGGCAUUGAUUUCUGGAAGCAUAUUUUCUGCCAUAAUGAUCCAAUUGAAGAACGUGGUUGGCUAGAAACUUCGCAUAUCGAUAUGUGGAGUCUUUUACUAUUAGAUACGAAGCUCCCGGACGAAAGAUGGACGAUUAUGCCCAUCCAUUUUAUGGCCUUUUUUGACGAGAAGUCAUUGAUCCCUUUUGCAAAUGGAUCGAAGCCUCCGUAUGUAGAUUGGGCUAAUGUUGAUUUGGUGUUGUUUCCUAUCAAUAUUAUCAAUUGUCAUUGGUUGACGGGAGGUAUGGACCUGAGGACAUGGACUUUAACACUUUAUGAUAGCUCGAUUUCAGAAGUAUCUAAUGAGAAAAUAUUGGAAAAGCUACUAGCUUUCAAAGAGAAUUUCAAUGACUUCUUAAAGUCAAUAGAUUAUUGGACAAAGACUGGACGAGAGUCCACCCACAUGAAUUUGAAUAUUCAAUUUGCCAAAGGUGUACCCCAACAAGUAAAUGGUAGUGAUUGCGGGGUUUUUGUUUGCAUGUGGUUAGAGGCUCUAAGUAGUGGUAAAGAGUUGAACAUAAAACAAGAUGAUGUAGCGGCUGAAUGUAUGGAAUAUCGUAGGCGUAUGGCACGAAUUAUAUGGGCACGUCGUGACUAAUGACGAUGUAAUAG